UGAGUACAAAUACAAGAUCCCACUGUUUGGCUAUUUUACAACCAACUGAAGAGGAGGAACUUCAAGCCACAAAGCGGCCGACUGGACCGAGGGAUUCGACGGAAGACCAAGUCAACGACGCCUCUUUCGCCGCUAACCCGCCACCGCGCCCCGCCUCUCCAAGACCAGGACUCCACCGCGCCCCUUACUGCCUCGGACCUCGAUAUUUGGGUCUCUAAUUUGUCAGGGCCGGCCUUGUUGCCAGGUAGCGGUACCUAUCAUCAGCGGCCUACAAAGCACACCCCCAUGGCUUCCGCUACACCUCCGCCGCCGCCGCCGCAUUCUACCUUCACCAGAGGCCUUCAAAGCACUAGGAAACCUCUAGGUUUAUUCGCCAAUGCUAAGAAGAGAAAACACAGCUUUGUUCAAUUUUUCGCGAUGACUGGAAUUCUGCUGUUGAGCGUCCGCUCUCUGGGACAGAAAUACCGAAUCAACGAUCUCCAAGAGGACAUGGCAGGGCUGAAAGAAGAGGGAGAUGGCCUCAGUAAACGAAUGGAUCGCAUCAAGCAAAGCCUUUUAGCCGAGGCUGCUGCCGAUCGCACCGGCCUCUUCGCUUCACGGCUUCGCCUUCUCUUCGCCAAAGACAAGAAAGACUAGCCUAGUCUUACUAGGUUGCAAUAUUUUCUACCGGUUUUUCCUUUCGUGCAUAUCGAUGGUCCUGAAUCACAACAUGUUUUCAAUUUGGAAUUUAUGAUAUAUUGAGAAUGAAAGAGAAAAAUAAUGUUUCAGUUUAUUCAUGUGAGGUGGCUGACGUGCACUUUGUCGUGAGUGCACUCAAAGUAAAUACAAUACAACAAAUAUACGUAGUAUAUUGAAGUAAGGUUCGUAUCCGCAGGGAAAGGAAUAAUUUUCUUUUUAUAUAAAUAGUAAGUAAAGGGGGGUUUAGAUUUUUGAGUGAUUUAAUUAAAUUUAAACACG